CUUAAUCUCUCUUAUCAAACAAAAACAAAAUAGAGAUGACUUCUACACUCCAACUCCGCCGAAUCAACCACCAUAACGCCGCCACACUCGCCGGAAACUUCCCCAUGACGACGACCAACAAUGUCUCCGUCCCCGAUAACCACUUCCAUUACCACACCCACCCCGUGGGUCCCAACAACAACCAGUGCUGCUCCGCCGUAGUCCGAUCAAUCUCCGCCUCUAUCGACACCGUAUGGUCGAUAAUCCGCCGCUUCGACAAUCCGCAAGCCUAUAAAAACUUCCUCAAGAGCUGCCACGUCAUCGUCGGCGACGGAAAAGUCGUCGGUUCUCUCAGGGAGGUCCACGUCAUCACCGGCCUUCCGGCGGCUUCGAGCAUUGAGAGGCUCGAAAUUCUAGAUGACGAGAAAAAAGUGAUGAGCAUUAGUAUAGUCGGCGGCGAUCACCGGCUGAAUAAUUAUAGAUCCGUGACGACGCUUCAUCGGACGGCGGCGGAUGACGGCGGCGACGGCGAUAGGACGGUGGUGGUGGAAUCAUACGUUGUGGAUGUUCCGCAAGGGAAUACGAAAGAGGAAACACGUGUAUUCGUUGAUACAAUUGUACGGUGCAAUUUGCAAUCGUUAGGUAAAAUAGCGGAGAACUUGGAAAAAGCUAAGAGUAUUUGACGGUCUAUCGAAAAUAACCUUUCUAUAAUAACGUUGCGUUAUGUGUAAUUACUCUGGAUAAUAUUGCUGUUGUUGUAAGAGUAAUUAGCUAAAUCGAUAUUAAUUGUUUACUGAUUAAAUCAUUGUACAUUUCAUGAUCUAUUUUAUUUUAUUUUUUGGUUUUUUUUUUCUUCAUGAAGACUGAGAAGUGAAAAGUUGAGAAAUUUUGGAGAGUGUAAUUAAAGUUGGUUAUUCUUGGAAUUGUUUCAAUAUGGAAUAGCUAUUAGUA